UUCCGGGCUUUGCCAGUUGGGUUUUGAGAACCUCCAGGCAGUCUGUGGCCUGUUCCCAGGCUGCAGCACUCCUCUGGAGUCACCUGCUGUCCAUGCAGCUGUCCUCUCCAGCUGCUUGUGGGAUGUGCCAGAACACUUUUUCAGGUGUUCUGAUGCCUUCCUGCAGCAUUUAGGCAACAGGUACACAGACCUGAUGACCAUCUGGUUUUUGCCACUUCCAGGUCUUCUAUUUUUUUAAUCAUUGUCUUGGUAUCAUUAAGGCAGUUUGGACACACACUGCUCAAGCAUGCUGUACCUCCAAGCCUUUUUUGGUGUACUUCUGAUAGUACUUCCAAAGCUUUUUUACCCACUCACCCCUUUCCCCUGCAUUUAACCCUAUUUUGGCUGUACAAAUACCAGGAGGAUUUUCUCUUGGACUUGAUGGCUGAGUGGAGUUGGUUCUUGAAGCUGAAUUGCUCUCCAGAUAGCAUUGUUGCUAAGGGUGUACUUAGAUUUGUUACUCUUCUCUGUUGCACCACACUUAGUGCUUUGGGAGAUCCUGGUCACACAAGGAUAUGAGGGUAUCCAAGCCAUUUCAAACUGCUGCCAGGAUGGCAUUCUGGAUGGAUGAGGAUGCUCCUUUUGCCUGUCUUAGCAUUUACUGCUAUGGUCAGCAGCAGAUAAUGCUGAGAUUGAGGAAUGUUGUCAGUUUUAUUUGAAGUGCUGCACGCAUUCUCCUGGUAAACCUAAUUCCAGGCCAUUCUGUGAGAUUUCUGAAAUUUGUCCUUCUUGCACUUUCUUGAAACUGAAGUGAAGUUUCUGGAAUGCAAGCUCAAAACCCAGCUUGGUCGUUCCUGCCUUUGAGGAAUUUACAGGAGACUCAUGGCUGUGUGUUGCAGCACCAGCUGCUCACUGCUGGAGGAUUUAGGCUGUUUGGGUUCAGGGUGGCUGUGAUUCUACGUUUGAGGCCUGCAGCCCUGAGCUGGGGCUCAUGCUGUAGGAAAAUCUAGUGAUGAUCUCCUUUCCUGGCUUUGGGGCUAUCAAAAAACAAUUGCUGGACUCUCAGUGCUGCUGGUGAAAUUCUGGAAAGGCCCUUUUUUCCCCUGUGUACCAGUUACUGUUGUGUAGGCAGUCCCAGUCACGCGUGGAAACUGGCCUGAAGGGGAUGUGGUGAAAGCUGCUGCAGUUUGCACUGAUUGAGAACCAAUCAUACAUUUGGAGGAGGGACAGUGUUUGCCAAACCCUGCAAAGCACAAGGACUUGGCCAGUGGCAUCUGCAAGAGCUGUGGCUGACUUGGAGUGAGUCACUGCAUGUAAAACCUCCAAGUCACAGAGGGUUUACAGAUCCCAUGGUCAGUUGUUUAUUCAUGUGUUCACGAGCUUGUCCAGCUUUGAUUUCCAACUUUUUGUGUCCUUGUGUCCAUCUGUCUGUAUCUCCAAGGAGUUGUCUGCUGUAGAUCUUCUUACUUUGUGACUUUUUUUGAGAUGGGUCACAUCUCCCUGUCUUUUUUCAGGGAACAAAAUAGGUUUAGCACUGGAGGGUGUUUUCUAAACCACAUCUGAUUAUGUGUUACUGUGUCAGAUUUUUUUUUUUAUUUGAAACAUCUCAACUCUUCCAACAACUGUUAUCAAUUGUAAACAGUACCCAAGAAUGAGACAGUGAUGGUCUAAGAUGGCACUGUGUGCAAGUAGCACUGUACUGAAUGUUACCAAGGGGGCUUUGUGCUCUUUGAGUUUGCAGCUCAGAGAGCUGUCUCUCCAAAACCACAAGUAAGUAACAAAAUCCUUUCUGCUCCUUUCUGGAGAAUUUUGACUGGACUGGAACAUGGUCCACAGUAGUGUGCUUAGCUUACUGGUGAUUCUUUGUAAAUUCAUUUGAGUUGAAGUGAAUCAGCCAAUAUGUAAUAAAGGUUUGCUUGAAUUUAGAAUGCUAUCAGCUGUCCAGAUAAACUUAGAUAAGUCACAGCAGAGAAGUUGGCUUCUGCUGUACUCACCAGUCAAAGUAUAAUAUUGUUGAGUCUUACAGACCUUGUAGAUGGGAGGUGGCUGAAAUGUUCAUUUAAGUGUCUUUUGUAGUUACUAAUUAAUUAUUUUCAUAUUUCAAAUUAUCUCUUAUAGUGAAAAAGAUAAUCCUUCAGCCUUUAAAAAUAUUGAAAAUCUGAAUACACAUCCAUGAACAAAAGUCCAGGACAGAUACUCAAACAGUUCCUGUUCCUUUGCUAGAGGAGAGCAGUAACUGCAUGGCUGUGGGCUUUUUUUGUGGGCUGUAAAGACUUCUGAGAUGUUCUCUUCAUCAGGAGGGAGUAACAGCAGGUGUUUUUUUGGUGGUUUUUUUUUUUUUUUUUUUUUGCUGUCUGUUUUUAAUUAAAUGUUUGAUGGUCGAUCCUCAUUUUGUAGGUAGGCCACAUAUUCCCUUGCUAAUGGUUACCUGAGUUACAGCACCACUGAUGUCUUUAAUAAGCUGGAAAAGUCCCAGGUAUUCACUUGAAUGUGCUUAAGUGUCCUGGCAGAGAUGUUGCACUUUGAGCUUCCAGAUCUGAGAGAAGAUCCCACGUGCACCCUCUUUGCAGAAAGAGCUGGGCAGGUCUGGUGGCCACAGGUACUGGGUUUGGCCAUCAGUGUCGUGUUCUGUGCCAGUCCUGCACACCUGGGGAGGACCCCGAGGUGUCCCAUCACUUCUUUGGAAGUGCUUUCUUGCUACCUGAGAAGCAUUCUGCUGCAGACUGUUGUGCAGGAGACUUUGCUCCUUCAACUUGUUCUUCCCAAGAAUAUAUCUCUUACUGGAUACUCCAGGGAGUACUUACUCCUAAGUGAGGAGUUUCCAAAUGCUAUAUGUGCUGCUAAGUGCAGGAUUUCAGCACACUGCCUCCUCUUGGUUUGGCCAAGUCAUGUUGCACUGUACUCUCCUUGGUGCCAGUUAUGUGGCUGGAAAAGAGGAAGAUUUUGAGCAGACCAGUGACCAAACCCCAGUGACUGAGCUGUGCAUUAGCUGAUCCUGGAAUAAGAGAGGUGAUGACUUGUGGUGGAUCAUUUCUGCACCUGCCAGAAACAAUAAGCUAUUCUGUUUCUGUUGUGGAAAGUGAGAAAAGACUUUACCAGAGAUAAAGUGCACGCUCUGUUUGCAGUUUAACUCACUGUGAAGCUCAACAGAAGGCCCAGACAAAUCUGGCUGCCUGGGGCAGACAGAAGUAGAGCUUCUUACCUUGCUGCAGCAGAGCAGCUCUAAUUUCUUCAGGUUGAGUUUGAUUUCAGACCAACCCACAGAACUGGAAAAUACCAUUCUUUCCUAUUUUAAGAGCCUCCUUCCUCAUUCUUAUCAGCUGGUAGUUGAAAGAUACUAUAAAGAAUUCAUUGUCAGGGACAUUCUGUGCUUUCCCACUCACACUAUUUGUCAGCAUCACCUUUGGUCCAGCCUCAACUCUUAACUCCAUCAGCUUUUCCAGAUUCUUUUAAAUAUAUCAAGAGUUGGCAUUCAUCUGCCCUGUAUCACCUUGCAGCUCUGCUGCAGCAGGUUGAAAAUAAACAAAAGGAAAAUACUUCUAAAAACUGAAUGUUAAACUGCAGGACUUAAAACCACUGGAAUUUUAGGAGGUCCAAAGUAUAAAUUGGUUCAAAGUGGGAUUAGGCAGAUUCACAGAGGAUUUGCACAGUACAGAUUCUUAACAGGGACAUUGUCAGUGCAGUUCAAGCCAAGUGUGAUUCUUCAGCAGCUGAGUCCUUGACUGGGGGAUGUGCUGAAGAGGAACAUCCUGUUAGUUGUGUUUCUUAUACUCUCUCCCCAGGUAUCCAUUCCUGGUGUGAACAGGAACAGGAUAUUUGAGCACAUGGUCCUUUCAUUGAACUGACUGCAGCAGUCCUUAGCUUUGCACAUGCUAGGAAGUUUUGGUUCCUUCUCCAGAAUGUGUGAGCUGUUCUGCUGGGAGGAUUCAGACAGAGCUGAUAAGAGGAGCAGGACCUCGAGCACAGGGGGCUGUGCUUCCAAAUAGAGGAUGUGAGCGAGUCAGUGCUCUUACUGCAGCCUUGCCUCUGCAGAGAGGUCUGUUCCAGCCACAUCCUGAUAGUUUGGAGUUGCCUUAAUCUGCAGAAUACUUCUCCUCUUUCAGACUUUUCUGUUGGUCAAGCAUGUUGCCAUUAAGUCAGAGUUAUUUCUUGCAUUGUUUAAUCCAAAGUCUGAAAGCAGUGUUAAGGUGUACACUGUUAAACCAGAUGCCUUUGGUAAUAUGAGUUACAGGACAAGUUUGUAGAUUGUUGCUUGCAUUUUGCUCUGGGAGGGAAUGCCCAGAUGGAUUUCUUAUGCUCCAAAUGUUUCCAGGGUCUAUUUCUACCAAGCAAAGACUAGGCCAGCUGAAAGUGGGAAAUACUUUAGAACCUUAGUGGUUCAUUGCAAACUUGUGCAAAGUGUCUGAGGUCAUUCUGAGGGGUAUUUUUGCUUUGUUAAAUAUACCUGUAAAUAAAUUUUCCUUCUUCAUCUGGAUGCUUCGAGUUUUUUUUGCUUAUUAUUGUAGGGCCUGCUAUCUGUGAAACGGGGUGGGAGAUAUCUUUGAGCAGGAGAUAUCUCAUAAUCUGAACAGCAGGAAAAAAACUUUAUCAUCUUGGAAAGGUUCUCAUCUUCUUCAAAUCCUUAGGACCUUUCUUUCAGAUGUCUUUGUUUCUAUUUCACUUUGUUCUUAUUUCUGUCAGCCAGCCUAAAGCAUGUAUUAGAUCCUGCAUUGCUCUGAAAUUGCCUUAUUCUAGAAGUUUUGUCGCGUCUUGUAACUAAAAGUGAACAGAAACACCAGAGUCUUUGGGGGUGAAACUUGCUGAGCAUUUCUAAAGAUUACAUUUGCUUUAGUUUCUGAUUGGGAUAGUGCUUUAUCUGCCAUCAGGAAACAGAAAACAUUACUGUGUAUUUAGAUAAAAUAAGGAGGCGGUGGCUUUGAAAUCCAGUUGUUGGGAAUGAUUUCCUUAAAUUCCUGCUUGUCUAAGUUUCAGAAGCUGGGUGCCUUCUCUGUCCAAGUGUGUUCUCUUUAGUUCUUAGCAAAUCGUUUGUGAGUGAAAAUUUGCUUGUCCUUUCAGAGGGAAGGAUAUGAAAAAAGAGUUAAACAGCCAUGAUCAGUGAAAUCAAAUCAGGAUUUCUCCUUCAUUGAUAUAGAUGAGUUAUGCCCACUGUAAGGCCAAAUAAACAAAAGUACUGUGUCUUCUCAUUCAGGGCUUAAAACGGUGCUAAAUUUAGAAUUGGAAUUACUCUGAUAGGAAGGGCUAGGUUGUUGCCACAUCAUUUGAUUCUAGUGCCUUUUUUGUAGUGUCUACUUAGAGCCUGUUUGGGGACAUGAUGUUAUUUCAAGUCUUACACUGCCUUCCCACUUGCAGACUCCAACUUCUUCUCCCUUUCCCUCUUCAGUUGCCAUCUUCUAAAUGGAUUCCAGUGAAUUUUCAGGAUCUCUGGACCCCCUGUCCUUGCCUGACAAACCGCUCAUUGGUGAUCUCCCUGCUGACAUGGAGUUUGGUGAAGAUCUCCUGGGCUCCCAAACAGCUUCUACCCAGGAAGUUUCAGUUCUUCAGCCCCCUGGCUGGGAUCAAUCCAAGCAGAUGACAGCAGAUGAGGACUUGGACCUUGUAGUGAAAGCAGACAGCAUGUCUGAACUAAAUAAAUCAAAUGACUGUGUUCUAGAUAAACCUGGUGUCUUGGAUAUGCUGGAGAAACCUGGUGACAGGGAUGAUUUGGGUAAAACCUCUGACUUGGUAGAUAAACCAGAGGGUCUGGAUGGGCUGUGUAAGGCACAACCUUCCCAGGACGUGGAGGGUAAACCAGCAGACUCCUCUGCCCUGUCUAGAGAAGCUGUUGGUCCAGAAACAGGGAAAGAAGGGGAGGAUGCACCAAAAAAUUGUUCUGGGGAUGUAAAGGAAGAUGGUGCUGCUGCUAUUCCUGCACUGUCUGGUGACAAUGCCCCUGAAUCACCCCACCAACCUGUCCCUGACUCCAGGGACCUCAGCAGUGCCCCGGCCAAGGAAGAAACCACAGCACAGUCCUCAAGUCCCACAGUGCCCCCUCCCCAACUCAGUCUUAAACAAACAAAGAAGAUGAAGUUGAAGGCGCCAAGGAAAAGCUCACCUUUGCAGAGGGAAGGGCUAGCAGGGGAGGCAGAGGUGCAGCUGAGCCCAGACAACAGAACUGCAGCUUUGCCCCCUGAGCCUGUGGAGAAAACCCGGGCAGAGGAAGGGGAUGAUAAUGGGAAGAACUCACUUAAAGAAAACAGUGUACUCAAAGCACAGGAAGCCUUACCACCAGCAGGAGAAGGCCUGUCUGGGAAGGGAAGUGAGCUGCCGGCUGAGAAGGAGCAGAAAAGAAGUGAACGACCCAGAAGAUCAGAAACUGUCAGGCCUGAGACUGUGAACUCCUCAGAGAGCAUUCCAGUGUCUGACGAAGACUCUGAUGCAAUGGUGGAUGAUCCCAAUGACGAGGAUUUUGUCCCUUUCCGGACGCGGCGCUCCACGCGGAUGUCGCUGCGCGCUCAGAUGGCGCAGCGAGCUGCCCGCUCCUCCUUCACCAAGAUGACAUGUGCCAACUGCCGGACUCCGCUGCAGAAGGGCCAGACUGCCUACCAGAGAAAAGGCCUUCCUCAGCUCUUCUGCUCCAGCUCCUGUCUCACCACCUUCUCAAAAAAACCACCUGGCAAGAAGAUAUGCACCUUCUGCAAAAAGGAGAUCUGGAACACCAAGGACUCUGUGGUUGCCCAGAUUGGUUCAGGUGGCUCUUUCCAUGAGUUCUGCACCUCUGUCUGCCUUUCCCUCUACGAGGCCCAGCAGCACAGACCAGCACCUCAGUCUGCAGAUGCCUCGGACACCAGCCGCUGCAGUGUUUGCCACAAACCUGGCGAGAUCCAGCAUGAGGUCAGCAAUGGGAACGUGGUUCACCGUAUCUGCAGCGACGCCUGCUUCACCAAGUUCCGGGCCACCAAGGGGCUGAAAACGAACUGCUGUGACUACUGUGGACUUUAUAUCUACAACAAGGGCUUGCCUCUGGAGUACCUCUUCCAUGAAGGCCAGCAAAAACGCUUUUGCAACUCUGCGUGUCUCAACAGUUACAAGAAGAAGAACACUCGGGUCUACCCCUGCAUGUGGUGCAAGACGCUGUGCAAGAACUUUGACAUGCUGCCCAACGUGGAUCGCAGUGGCAAGAUGGGCCUGUUCUGCUCCAUUUGCUGCACUACCUCCCACAAAGUGAAGCAGUCAGGCUUAGUUGGUCCCCCUAGACCCUGCAGCUUCUGCAGAAAGAGUUUAUCUGAACCCUGCUAUUACAACAAGACAGACCGGGUUGUCUACCAGUUCUGCAGCCCCAGCUGCUGGACCAAAUUCCAGCGCACCAGCCCGGAAGGUGGGAUCCACCUCAACUGCCAUUACUGUCACAAUCUGUUCAGCGGGAAGCCGGAGAUCCUAGACUGGCAGGACAAGGUGUAUCAGUUCUGCUGCAAGGACUGCUGCGAGGACUUCAAGCGGCUGCGUGGGGUGGUGUCUCAGUGUGAGCACUGCAAGCAGGAGAAGCUGCUGCAUGAGAAGAUCCGUUUCUCUGGAGUGGAGAAGAACUUCUGCAGCGAAGGGUGUGUGCUUCUUUACAAACAGGAUUUCACCAAGAACCUGGGCCUGUGCUGCAUCACCUGCACCUACUGUUCUCAGACCUGCCAGCGGGCGGUCACCGAGCAGCUGGAGGGCAGCACCUGGGACUUCUGUAGUGAAGACUGCAAAAGCAAAUACUUGCUCUGGUACUUCAAGGCAGCUCGGUGCCAUGCCUGCAAGCGUCAGGGGAAGCUGCUGGAAACCAUCCACUGGCGGGGGCAAAUCAAACACUUCUGCAACCAGCAGUGUCUGCUGCGAUUUUACAAUCAACAGAACCAGCCCAACCUGGACACGCAGAAGGGGCCCGAGAGCCUGCUGAACAGUCAGACUUCAGAGCCAAAACCAUCUGUCCCUUCCACACAGAAGGCAGAAACUAACAUGCUGUCAGCAAAGGCCUCCUCAGCCCAAACGUCUCCAGCUGUGCCACCUCCCGCCCCACCUCUGGUUCCAGCCACCCCUCGGAAAAACAAAGCUGCCAUGUGUAAACCCCUGAUGCAGAACCGGGGUGUCUCCUGCAAGCUUGAAAUGAAGUCCAAAGGAUGUCAGACAGAGGCUGACUGGAAGCCCCAGCUGGUUGUGUUGCCAAUCCCUGUCCCGAUCUUCGUGCCUGUGCCUAUGCAUAUGUACUGCCAGAAAGUACCUGUGCCUUUCUCCAUGCCUGUCCCGGUGCCUGUGCCAAUGUUCCUGCCCACCACACUGGAGAGCACAGAGAAGAUUGUGGAGACCAUUGAGGAACUGAAGGUGAAGAUACCCUCCAAUCCCCUAGAGGCUGACAUCCUGGCUAUGGCUGAGAUGAUUGCAGAGGCUGAGGAACUGGACAAAGCCUCCUCGGACUUGUGUGACCUGGUGAGCAAUCAGAGUGCAGAGGGUCUCCUGGAGGACUGUGAUCUGUUUGGACCAGCACGGGAUGAUGUGUUGGCUAUGGCUGUCAAGAUGGCAAAUGUCCUCGAUGAGCCGGGCCAGGACCUGGAGGCUGACUUCCCUAAGAACCCUCUGGACAUCAACCCCAGUGUGGAUUUCCUUUUUGACUGUGGGCUGGUGGGACCAGAUGAUGUGUCCACAGAGCAAGAUCUGCCUCGAGCUGUCCGGAAGGGGCAGAAGCGCCUGGUGCUCUCUGAAAGCUGUUCCCGGGACUCGAUGAGCAGCCAGCCCAGCUGUACAGUGCUCAACUACUCAUACGGUGUGAAUGCCUGGAAGUCCUGGGUACAAGCCAAGUAUGCAGGGGGAGAAACCAGCAAGGGAGAGGAGCUCCGCUUUGGCCCCAAGCCCAUGAGGAUCAAAGAAGACAUCUUAGCCUGCUCAGCAGCUGAGCUCAACUACGGCCUGGCACAGUUUGUCAAGGAGAUAACCCGGCCCAAUGGGGAGCGCUAUGAACCAGACAGCAUCUAUUACCUCUGCCUUGGCAUCCAGCAGUACCUGCUUGAGAACAAUCGUAUGGUGAAUAUAUUUACAGACCUUUACUACCUGACCUUCGUGCAGGAGCUGAACAAAUCCCUGAGUGGCUGGCAACCCACAAUCUUACCAAAUAACACAGUUUUCUCCCGUGUCGAGGAGGAGCACCUCUGGGAGUGCAAACAGCUGGGUGUUUACUCACCCUUUGUGCUUCUCAACACCCUCAUGUUCUUCAACACCAAGUUCUUCGGGCUGCAGACAGCGGAGGAGCACAUGCAGCUCUCCUUCACCAACGUGGUGCGCCAGUCCCGCAAGUGUACCACAGCCCGUGGCAUGACAAAGGUGGUGAGCAUCCGCUACUACGCUCCUGCCAAGCAGAAGAAAAGCAGAGAUGGUGGCUCUGGAAAACGGAAGCGUGAGGAGGAGGUACCGAUGCUGGAGCAGCGGGAGAACAGGAUGAAUCCCCUCCGAUGCCCAGUCAAGUUUUAUGAGUUUUAUCUUUCCAAAUGUCCCGAGAGCCUGCGGAACCGCAGCGACGUGUUCUACCUGCAGCCCGAGCGGUCGUGCAUCGCCGAGUCCCCGCUCUGGUACUCGGUGAUCCCCAUGGACCGCAGUAUGCUGGAGAGCAUGCUGAACCGCAUCCUGGCCGUCAGGGAGAUCUACGAGGAGCACAGCCGGCUCAGCAGCUUGGAGGAUGACGUGGACUAAGGCAGAGGUGCUGCUGGACUGGCUGCACUCCGGUCCUGGACACCUCAUCUUGCUGCUUCCCAUUGCAGGGCAGGGGCCAUGCAGCAUAGGAAGGGAUGGUGCUGCAGCAGUGCUGUCCCUACAUCAUUACCAGACUUGGACCUCCCAUCCUGCUCGUUACAGGCAUCCCCUACGUACGUGGCCCCCGCACUCAGCUCUGUCUCCAGUUUUGGCUGCUGGGUGAACCAUCUUCCCCAGGGUCUGUUCCCAUGGCACAGGAGUGGCAGAGUCCCUGGUGCAGCUCCCCUUGCCCAGCCCUGCCCCUCUCUCCCCAUGCCCCAGGGCAGGAAUUGCACAAAAACAUCGCCCCAUUGGACCAGUGGCCCCCAAAGCUUUUACUUCCCUCUUCCUUUAGCAUUCCCUCACAAGGCUGGAGGUAUCAAGGCAGGAACAGUAGCUCUGCUGCCCGGGCAGGAUUUUCUUUUCAAGCCAGUGGGCAUGGGCCACAUGCAGCCUGAGAGCUGUUAGGUCAAGGGGAGAACUUUUGUCGCAGGGUGGGAGAGAUUUGGAUUGGUUGCAGGGAGUGGAUAGAGCUCGCACUGGAAUUUGUGGGCAGAGGUCUGGCCUCGCCACAGGGAUACCUCCCUUGUGUGCAGCCAGGAUGCCUCCCUCUCUUUGGUCAGUGUUUUCUGAGUCUGCUAAAAACUGGUGGAGAUGGGUCCAUACUAGUGCUGCCCCUCUCUCCCCACUGUUCCCUGUCUUGGUAAGGACCCUCCCCUGUGCAAGGUGCCAUCAGUGGAAACCUCUGCUCCAGCCAGGGGCCCAGGCAUUUGCUGGCAGAAGCAGGGAGCCCUGCCUGGCCUCCCCCUCCCUCCCACAGCCACAGGCUGCCACCACCCUGCCCAGGGCAAGUCUGGCUCCAGCUGUGCCACUCUGUGCUGCCUCCUGCCCCUUCUCGUGUUCUGGUCGGUUUUCUUGAGCUGUACAUGGGUCUCCUGUUGAGCCUGUAUAUAUUGUUCUGGGCCCUGGCCUGGGGCCGUCUGUUCUCUGUGUCCAUGUGGAGAGUGAGCUGCUCACCAGUCUUGUUGUAGUGAUGCCAGGGCAGUAGGACUAACCCUGUGUCUCUGGAAACCAUUCGUUUCAAAUAAAGAUGUGGAAAACUGU